CGCCCGCGGGGCCCCGUCACGGCCGGGAGGGGACCGGGGGUGAGCUCAGCCCCUCGGCGCUUCCUGCCGGGGCCGGUCACCGCCAGGGCACGGGGAACAGAGCCCCCGGCACCGGGGGCAGCUCCGCCACCGGCAGCCGCUGAGGUCCCGGCGCCAUGGAGCCCGCGGGGAGCACGGCGCAGCUCAUCCGCGCCUGCACCGAGGCUUACCUCUCCCGGAACGCCAUGGCGCGCCGCACGCGGAGCAGCCGGGCCUGGCACUUCGUGCUGAGCGGGGUGCGCCACGAGGCCGACAGCCGGGCGGUCGCUUUGGCCACCGGCGCGCGAGGCUGGGGCUACGACUCGGACGGGCAGCACAGCGACUCGGAUUCGGAGCCGGAGUUCUCCUCCCUGUCUCCCUCCAUCCCGAGCGCCAUCCCCGUGACGGGAGAGUCCUACUGCAACUGCGAGAACCAGAGCGAGGCUCCCUACUGCUCCAGCCUGCACGCCCUGCACCGCGUCAAGGACUGCCAGUGCGGCGAGGAGGAUGAGUAUUUUGACUGGGUGUGGGAUGACCUGAAUAAGUCGACGGCCACCCUGCUGACCUGCGAUAACCGCAAGGUGAACUUCCACAUGGAGUACAGCUGCGGCACCGCGGCCAUCCGGGGCAACAAGGAGCUGGCAGACGGGCAGCACUUCUGGGAGAUCAAGAUGACCUCGCCAGUCUAUGGCACGGACAUGAUGGUGGGAAUUGGGACAUCGGAUGUGAACCUGGACAAGUACCGCCACACCUUCUGCAGCCUGCUGGGCAAGGACGAGGACAGCUGGGGACUCUCCUACACAGGACUGCUGCAUCACAAGGGUGACAAGACAAACUUCUCCUCGAGGUUUGGCCAGGGCUCUAUCAUCGGGGUACAUUUGGACACGUGGCAUGGGACACUCACGUUCUUCAAAAACCGCAAGUGCAUAGGGGUUGCAGCUACGAAGCUGCAGAACAAGAAGUUUUACCCCAUGGUGUGCUCGACGGCAGCCAAGAGCAGCAUGAAGGUGAUCCGCUCCUGCGCCAGCUGCACAUCUCUCCAGUACCUCUGCUGUUACCGCCUGCGCCAGCUCCUGCCCAACUACGUGGACACGCUGGAGGUGCUGCCGUUGCCACCAGGACUCAAGCAAGUGCUACACAACAAACUGGGGUGGGUCUUAAGCAUGAACUAUAGCACAUCAAAGCCUUCCUCCUCAUCGUCAGGAAGCGACUCAGAUAGCUCCUGUGGCUCGGAUGCAGAGGCCUGCCAAAGGAAGAGGUGCAGGAGGACAUAAUGUCUCUUCGGACGAACUGCUUUGAGGGAGUCGGGUGGCGUUUUGUUCCGCCGCCUGCAAGGGCAGGCCAGGCCUGACGCACCUCUUUCUUCACGGGGACAUCCGUUUCUACUUGUUUGGGAAGAUUUCUCUUACUCUGGUUGAAAUCUUUAGCCUAAACAUCCAUCACUUGCGUUGAAAAUGCCUGCUGACUAAGAGGUCUCAGCUCUGUGAGGUAGGUAAACUGCAGCCAAGUACCUGAGGUUGAUCUCCUGGCUCGGCAUCAAAGCCAUCACCUCUUUCUGAAGAGAAAGCUGCAGGCUGUCAGCAGAGACGAGAUUGAAGGUGGCCUCCCGGUCUCAAAGCAUACUUCUAGCAAACUCUAGUCAAAUAACUGACUUGAUUCAUCAAAAGACAAAAUCGAAGAGUAGUCCCCCUCCUCCUAACUGUUGUGUGUUGGUUUGGUAUCCGCCAUGAAUUCAUCACACUGUGGGGCAUGAUCGAACGGCAGCACUUAGGGAAACGGGCUCCUGGGGGUGAAUCUACGCCACUUGUGAAAGAGCAAUUACUUAAAAGAGUUGAGCUGUUAGUGAUCGUUCUUGAGCCCCCCCCCGACUUUAAUUGCUUUGCAUGUUGGCUACUGCUGCUUCUCCUGUAUCAAAGACUGUAUUAAACUGUAAUAAAAAAGUGUAAA